UGAGGAGCUGUCAGAGAAGAAGGAAGCCAUGGUGGCAGACAGACGGGUGGACAAAGGACACGCAGUGUUCAGAAUUUAAGGAAUGAUGUCUCUAUUCUGGGUCGUGCUUUGGACAACACUCCCUCUUCCUGCCCUCUUCUCUGGUCCUCAGCUCUGUAGCAUCGAUGAAAGCAACACUUCACACAACACAUCUACAUUGUUGGAAUCCUUACAGUGUUAUAACAACUAUCAGUCCUAUGUCCACUGCAACUGGAGACAAGAAGGAGACGCACCACUUCAGCUCUGGUUCAAGACUGAACACAACAGGAUGCUGUGCGUGCCGUACAGUUUAGCAAGCAAAGACAGUGAGCAGGGAAUGGUGCAGUGCAGACAUAAAACACGUACAUUUUCCAUUGGCGUCAAGCACACCGUCUUCUUCCGGAAGAUCGAUAUGCUGACUGUCUGCUCAUCUGUUCCUCACAAGCCUGUGUCUCUCUCUCACCACUUGAGAGCGCACCCACCGGUGGACCUGUCCACUCAUGAUUCAGGUGAUGGAGGCCGAUGGCUCACUUGGUCCAGUCCCUAUCCCUCCUCUUCCUCCCUGAACAAAAAACUCAUCUACCAGCUCAGUUACCUACCAGAGAAACAAGACCACUGGACUACUGUGGAUGUCACACACACCAGUGUGAAACUGCAGAGACAUCUGUUGCUUCCAGGUCACACGUACGAAGCGAGGGUCAGGGCCCGGGCCAGCGUGGGCCACUGGAGCCAUUGGAGUCCUGUCGUGAGCUGGAGAUCUGAAGAAAACACUGGGCAGUUUCCCAGGUUGCACUGUGUUCUGGACAGCGAGAAGGAGGUAACAUGCAGCUGGGAGGUGAGCAGAGAGCUGGCUUCCUUCAUUACCUACCAGCUGGCCUGUCAUCACAACCAGACUGCACCAUCUGAGAGAUGCUGCGUGAGCCCAACAGUCAUAUCUCACCAUAACAGAACACUGAGGUUCAGCUGUUCACUGACUGUAGCAGAUCCUGAACACCUGCUGCUGGAGCUCCAUCCUACCCACACUGCCAAGACCUUUAAGGCCCACCAACACAUUCGUCCUGAACCACCACAGCAGGUAAAUGUGAAGAAGAAACAAAGCAGCUGGAUCGUGGAAUGGACUGAACCGAGCACAGCUACAAAAGUGAAACUCUUCUAUCAGGUCUGUUACUACAGGUCACAGGAUCAGGGAUGUUCCAUUCUGAACAUGUCAGAAGGUUCAACAUCACUGACCCUCCAGGAAGCAUCUCUGAUCCCCUCCCAGCACUAUAAAGUCAAGGUCAGGUCACUGGUUGUGCCUGGACAUGGCUCCAAGUAUGAGGGACUCCCAUCUGAAUGGACUCAUCCUAGGGACUGGGUGUCAAAUGCAGCCACAUGGUCCUUCACCACAAUCAUAUAUGUUCUCAUCAGUGUGGUUGUGACCGCAGUCUUCUUCUCACUCUACUUCACCAUUCCAGCAUGUCGAAGGAGGAUAAUCGUGUGGGUAGAGUCAGUACCUUCUCCGGGUAAAAGCAAAAUCCUGUCUGAAAUCCAGGCCACCACCAUCCGAACGCUGCAGAGUGAGGUCACGUCCAUCUGUAAAGUGCUUCACUUUGACACUGUAUUUACAUGCUCCUCGGAUGCUUCGCUGCUGCCAAACACAAACAACAACAAAAAGUGCAUGGAGCCAGACGAGGGCUUCUGGAAUGAUGAUAACUCACCCGCCCCUGCUGAGGAGGUUAACACCUCUGGCACGUCCUCCGUGAGUUUCAGUGGACCAUACAUCUUCUGUCAGGGAUCGUCAGAGUCAAACCAUAAGCCAGUGGACGUGGAGUAUAAAGAGGAAGAAGAAGACAGAACCCGAUCAAAUCCGUUCAUGUCUCCUGUGAAUUUCUCCUCUAACAGAGGAGCUUAUGUGUGUCUACCAAACCACUCCAUCUCCAGAUCCACACAGGACCUCGUAAUGAGCAGUGUUGCCAACACAAACGCCGACAGGUCCAACAGCGCAGAGCAGGACCAACAACAGUGUCCAGACACCACGACGGAGGCAAAUACCAGAGACAUCCAGCCGGGCCUCAGCGAGGUCACAGGCAGGGACCAACCUCUGGCCUACACCUCUGGACCUUUCACCUCCUGGCCUCAUGGUGGCACCGUACAGGCCUCGGGGUACUGCCACCUCCCACAGCACCAAUGAGAGCAGCACAGUGCAAUAUGUGAGGGAAGAGCAUUUCAAGCAGGACUACUCUAGUAGUUUUUCAGCCAACAGAAAAAGAUGUUCAAACUGCUAGAACUAUUUCUAUUUUAAAGAAGAAGAGGAGGAUUAAGCUUGCUUGUUUUAAUCUGAUCUGAGAUCAAGGUGUUGAUCAGACCAAAGGAGGGCAGUAGUGGGUUGAGUCUGUGGUUGCAGAGAACAAAACAACUAUUUCUCAAAGAAUGUGAUCACAUCCUCACACAUACAAAACAGAAAAUCCACAGCCUCUUUCACUGUCGUUGAGACUGACUUUGACAUUGUCUGAUCCAUGUGAUCCAAGUGGCAAUAAAGACCUGAGGUCUGCAGAGACAUUUGA